CCCAAAGCAGGUUAUAUAUAAAAUGUGCUCUAGUAAGACACCAAUAAGUUGUUGGGUACCACCUGUGUUUUGUGAGUGGAAACAUUUGGUGUUGGCAAUCCAUUCCCUUGGAGAAAAGUUCAACCAUGUCUUCUCUUUUCUCUGCAGGCUUGAACCUGCUUUGUAUGCUGCUUCUGUCCCAGGAGGUGGUGUCGGUGCCUUUCCCAGCUGGCACAGCACGGACUGAAUGUCGGGGUCGUUACUUUUGGAUAUGGAUGGCUAAGGCUGCCUUGGGUCAGAACUCAUGGCGUUAUGGUGUCUUGAAUGAACUUGGCCAGCGUAUCCCCAUGACAGAGCAGGUGGCUGCCCAGUGUGGCUUCACAAGUGACACGGACCUGUAUGGCAACCCCGAGAUCAGAGUUUCUUUCCUGGCCUGUUCAGUUCGCAACUUGUUUGACCAGGAUUUCAGCCUGCAGAUGCAGGUGUUGGUCACCAGCCCAACUAACUUGACAGUUGCUUAUGAUGUUUCCAUGAGCUGCUCCCUGGACACUCCAUGGAGUCCACGAGAAAUUGUCUGUGAGGAAAACUACAUGGAGGUGUCCGUCCGCCGUGCUGUCCCGGGAAUAGCCAGUGAGGCGCUCAAUGACGACUGGGUUGCUGCUUGGCCUGUGGCCCAGGGGGCUGUGAACCAGGUUUGGCAAGUCGUCUUUCACUUCCAGAAUGGUUCCCUGCAGACCAUGAUGGCCACCCAGGCACAUGCCUUGGGCUAUGGUGUCAACACCACGGCUACCCGCGUCCUGUUCCGCACACCAUACAGCACACAGCAGACUGAAGUCGUCAUGGUCCAGGGUCUGGAAGUGGAGGUGGCAAGAGCCACAGUCUUCUACAAACAGGCCUGGAUGAUCCUAAUGGUGGACACGGCUGUCGCCUGUCCGAUCAACCCUCCUGUCUUCACUGCCACCACCCUGAGCUGGGUGACCCCACGGAUCAUGCCUUCACUGGUGGCGUUCCCCCAGCUGUAUCAAGAUGAAGCCGUUCAGAUGGGCUUGGAUGGGCGUGUGAUUGACCCAGCCACCGUUGUGACGAAUGGAUACACUUUCAUGAUGGACACCAACUUGGUUACCAUCACGGUGCCCAUCGGGGCCCCUGGAGGGCUGACAGAGAGCGAUGUGAUGGACAACCACUAUGGCACAACGUACAGCAUAAAGCUGCUGCUGGACCGCAGGUGGCAAGGAGACGAGAGCGACCGGACGCGGCAUCGCUGUCUGAAGGCCGUCCGCACCCCCUUUGUCCCCCACACACCUGUGCUAAUCAACAGCACUAUCCCAGAAAGAGGCUACUUUGACAUCCAGCUUGGCAACUUCUUCCCUGAUGUGGCACUGACCACCAUCGCAGUUGGUGGCAAGCCCUUAACUCCCACGGAGCUCAAGGGACGCGGCUUUGGUCUAGACGAAGUCCCCAAUCCCAAUGCCACCCGGGUCUUCAUUCUGAAGGUCCCUUUCGCUGAUCCUCUGGUGGAACAGCAGUACCUGCAUGGAAACAUUAGGAGAUAUACACUGGACCUUGACUACACCCUCAACUUGGUCCCCAAGGACAAGCCGUUCACCUACCCUGGAGUUGUUGCAUGUGAAGUACCUGAUGUUGUCCUUCCCACAGCCGAGGGUUUCUGUGAAGCAGGGCGGAUCAGUCUGGUGAUGACCCGUGGGAACAUGGAUCACUACUGGGCCCCAUAUGUGGGGAACCGUCCACUGACCCCGGAGAUGGCUGUGGCUCAGAACUACACAGUUCAUGAGGAUGGUGGCCGGUUCUACCUGUCUGUGCCCCUCUUGGCAGCUGGCUUGGUAUACGAGGAUAUCUCCCUCCAAGGGGUGACUGCCCGGCUUGACUUCAGCCUGAGGGAUAACAAGACGCUAGCAGUUAUGGUGGCAUUCCCGGUUGCCUGCCUCUUCCCCACCAGAAAGCUCCUUGUGUGUCUUCCCAAUGGGACUAUGAUGGCCACUGUUCUCAGUCUGGACACCAAGCCAGCCUUGGACCCCAGGAGAACCCACCUGUGGGACAAGACUUGUGGGCCAGUGGCUGCUGAUGAAUCCAGGGCACUCUUCUCGUUUCCACUGGCCAGUUGUGGCACCACCAGAAGGUUUGAAGGGAACUACCUGGUGUAUGAGAAUGAAGUGACCUUCGGGAGAGAAAUGAUCCCAGAAGCAAAUCCUGUGAUUACCAGGGACUCCCACUACAGGCUGACUUUGCGUUGUCGUUACCCACUUAACGAGACACUCAGGGUGUGGGCCCAACGACACCUAGGCAGAAGAGUUACUCCUGCAGCCUAUGAACUUCAGCCCAGAGCUCAGUGGCAGAGGAGAUCUGCGGAUGGCCACACCGUCCUCCAGGCAGCAGGUCGUGCUUCAAAAGGAGCAGCUGAGUUGUGGUCCUGGCUUGCAGCCUGGCUCUGUUUGGGCUAUCUGUACGGGUAGGCGUGAUGGUGCCUUAGCUGUUAACACUAUUAAAAAUACAAAUAUCUUGUG